GGAGGCACUGGUGGCAGCGCGGCGAUGGCGAGCCAGUUGCCAUAGGAGGCGCGAUUAAGCCGGCAGUGGCGGUUGUGGCGUCGCAGCGCGCAAAGCCCGGCUCUGACAUCUCCCCGAGACUCGCAUGCGGCGCCGCGGCAGUUUGUGAGAGCGCAUGGGGCCCCUCGCAGCCCUCCUGCUGCUGCUGCUCGGGGCGCCGGCGGCCCGCGCCUACAUGGCCACCGGCAUCUUCGAGCCAGCGCAACGCACCUGUGAGCCCAUCAGGGUUAACCUGUGCGACAAAAUCGGCUACAACGUCACCGGCUUCCCGAACCUCGUCGGACACGAGCUACAGUCGGACGCUGAAACCACCCUGAAGACGUUCGCACCGCUAAUUAAGUUCGGCUGCUCCGCCAGACUGCCCUUCUUCCUCUGCUCCGUCUACGUCCCCAUGUGCACUGAAAAGGUAGCAGAGCCGAUCGGACCAUGUCGGAAAUUGUGCGAGUCGGUGAAGUCACGCUGCCAACCGGUGCUGACCGGCGUCGGGCUGCCGUGGCCGACGGCGUUGCAGUGCCACAAGUUCCCCAAGGAGAACAACCACCAGCAAAUGUGUAUGGAAGGUCCCAACGAUCCCGAUGGCGAUGCUGACGUUUCCGAGGAGAUCACCACCCUUCCGCCUCCAACCACGAAGCAGCAAAUUCUUCCGAACACGCCGCCAGGGUGCGGGCACCUCACGCCCAGGGAAGCCUACGUGUACAUCAACCGGACAGUCCCUUACUGUGCUGUGAGGUGCGAAGCCGAGGUGCUGUUCGCCAAGCACGACCGGCGUCUGGCCGAGGUGUGGCUCAGCAUUUGGGCCGGGCUGUGCUUCGUGUCGACGCUGGCCACUGUGCUGACCUUCCUGGUGGACAACUCGCGCUUCCGCUACCCCGAGCGGCCGGCCAUGUUCCUCGCCCUGUGCUACAACCUGGCCAGCGUCGGGUGGGGCGUGCGGGCGGCCGCUGGACGCACCGCCGUCGCCUGCCAGACGCUGCCGCACCCCUCGACGGCCGGCUACCUCUCAGUGUCUGUGCUGCUGUCUCACGACGGCCUGGCCAACGCCAACUGCGCCGUCGUCUUCCUCCUCCUCUACUACUUUGGCAUGGCGGCCCUUGUUUGGUGGGUGAUCCUGUGCAUGAGUUGGUUUCUGUGCGCGGCCCGUCGCGUCUCUCACGAGGUGUUGGUCCGGUACUCGUCCAGUAGCCACUUGAUUGCGUGGGGUGUUCCUGCUGCCCAGACGGUGGCCGUCUUGGCCUUCAGAUUCGUCGACGCUGAUGAGCUCACAGGAGUGUGCUACGUGGGCAGCCAGAACAGCAGGGCGCUGCAGCUGUGCGUUCUGCUGCCGCACUGCGUUUACCUUUUCGCUGGCGUUUUCUUCCUGAUCGUGGGGAUGUGGACGAUGCCGAAAUCAAAAGCGGUGGGCGCCCGGCCGGCCACGGUGUACGUGCCGAAUGGGGGCCGCGGCCGGCUGCAGGCCGCCGAGGGCCGCGACCCUGCGCAGCAGGAGGCGCUGAUGGUGCGCGUCGGGGUGCUGUGUUUCCUGUGCGCCGUGCCGCAGCUCUGCGUCGUCGCCUCGCUUAUCUACGAGGUGCUGCACAGGGAUGAGUGGCUCAAGAAGUCAGCCAUGCCCAGCCUCUGGGUCUUCAUGGUGCGACUCUUCAUGCUGCUGGCUGCUGGGGUCGCCUCCAUCAUCUGGGUCUGGUCGGCCAGGACGCUCAAGCGCUGGCACGCGUUUUUGCAGCAAUUGACUCGGACGCCAAGAAAGGUGGAGCAGCACCAGCAGCACGCCGUGCCGUUGAAGCACCUGAGCAAGAAGGGCGGCGACCCGUCUGCUCGCUACCUGAUCGCCAUCCAGCAGCAGACGCAGAUCGUGCACCAGCAGCCGCUGCUGGUGGCCGGCACCCAGUCUUCCGUGGUGACGCCGUCGAUCGCCGCGUCGUCGCAGGCGCAGGCCAGCGGCCAGUCCGGCCCUGGCAAGUUCCACCACACGCACACGCACUUCCACCACCACCAUCACCACCCCCGGAGGCACAAGAGCAGGGAAGGGCCGCCAUCGCUCAUCCACUGCCCCUCAAACAUUGACAGUGAAACUAUUUUGUGAUCCGUUAUCGGACUGUUCCCCGCAUUUUAGUCAUUUUGGAAAAAAUGGUGUGCGUGUGUGCGUCAGAAGUAGGAGAUCUGCUUUAACUUUUAUAACUAGUUAAGUGUUUCGGAGCUUAAUAUUAAAUUAUUCAUCGGUCGUGAAUUUAAUGUGCCAAAUUUGAGUGAUAAAUCAUUCAGUCACUUCCUUGAUCUAAAUUUAUUUAUUAAUGCGUAUAUGUACAAAUUUUAUUUUUCCUUUUAUAUGAUAAGUUUCUACCGCUCUAGUAUUUAAAAUCGACAACUUAUUAAUUGAUCAGAUCAAUUUAAGAAAAUCAAAAUUACUAUAAACCAGCAGCUAAAAAACUGUAACAAAAUAUUUGAAUAUUUUCACCUUUAUAUAAGGCGCAGCCUUUAAUAUUUUUAAAACUAACAAAAACACCAGCAGCUUUUUUCUAGUGUUCUCGAAGGAACACUAUUUUUGUCUUUGUCUUAAGUCGAUUAUUUUCAUUGACUAAAAAAAUGCUACGGAAAUCUUAAAAUGCGCUUAAAAAUGAACAUUUGUUAGUGUUUGAAAUUUCGGUGCUUCUAUACAUUAUGACAAAAUGAAAACUGUUCAUAUACUAGUAAAAUAAACAAACUACUAUAAAAAUCA